UGGCCACACUGGCCUAAUUCGGUAAACUUGAUGUCCCAAGUUUCAUAAAAUAUAUUAAGCGCCGCUUUAGCUGAAGUCACUAAGAAUGAAUUAACUUAGAAGCACCCUGGCACCACAUUGUAAGUGCCCGACCCAAGAAGCCGCAAACUAAUCGUUAAAGCCGUUAAAUAGCAGACGUCUGGACAAAGUGCGUAGUUGAGUGAAAGUUUUUAUGGCCUUUCUUUGGCACAGGUAGCUUUGAAAUGCACUUUUAUUGGUAAUGAUAUGCGUUACAAUGCAAGCUCGAGGUGAAACCGGAUUCUGGUACGAUUACCAUAAAAAUUCCCUUCGAUUUAUUGACAAAGUUAACAACAAAAGCUCCAGUUUCUGGCCAGUUUCUAAGGUGGCUCAGACGACCUUCACACCUUUCCAACAAAGUUAGUCAGUUGCAUCCUGUAACAAACGCACAAUGAUUGACGCAACAUCUGCCGAGCGGGGAAGUCCCCAACUGAGCGCUCUCUUCAACGACAAUCUGAAACUAGCCCACGAAGACGGGAUCCGGAGCUCGAUGAACGGAAAGGCUGGACCGGAGACCAUUGACCCACCCUCCAACGUACCCUCCGACUUGCAGACAGCUUACGGUAGCCUUUUCUCCGCUUGCCAGGAGCACGCCUCCUUCUUCGCCAAGGACAACACCGAGUACGGUCAGCGCCUGCAUGCCGCCCACAUUGCCUGGCAGGACUUCAUUGUACUGGCCAAUAGGCUGGUCCUGCAGAUCCAAGCCUUUGCCCACGAGUACGACUUCGAUGAGGAGACGCCCGGCAAUGGAUACCGCAGCUUCAUCUAUGUUACCAACGCCUGCAUUUCCCACGGCAGCAACAUUUGCCGGCAGCUUCUCGCCUUUCGGUCGACGCUUUUCUUCCGCAAGAAAUACUACAUGAAGGAGGUCGAGGCCUGCUCCCAACUGCUCUCCUCCCUGUGCACCUGUAUGCAGUAUCUGCUGAUCCUGCGACAAUGGUCGGUCAACACCGGCGACCUGUUCGCCUGCGGAAACCACACUGCCGAGCAGCUCUUCGAGCUGGGCGACACAAUCAAUCAGUAUUGCUUCUAUGGACGCUGUCUGGGCUUUCAGUAUGGAGACUCCAUUCGGGGAGUGCUCCGAUUCCUGGGCAUCUCCAUGGCCAGUUACUCGGAGUCGUUCUACUCCCAGGAGGGCGACGGAGCCAUCGUCAAGACCACCCGGAGUCUGUGGACCAGUGGAAAGUACCUCAUGAAUCCGGAACUACGUGCCCGCCGCAUCGUAAACAUUUCGCAGAACGCCAAGAUCGAAUUCUGCAAAUCCUUCUGGUUCCUUGCCGAGUCAGAGCUGAUGCAUAAGCUCCCCAGCAUCGUGGGAAGUUCCAUUAAGGUCAACCGGCUGAUAGAGCUGCCGGCGGAGCCCCUCAAGCUACCAAGGCGGAAGGGCUUCAAGCCAUCGGAGAAUUCCAGCAGCGACGUCAAUCAGAACCAGGGAGACAAUGAGUUCGUGGAUAUACCAGUGCCCACAGCUCAUCUGGGGCCUGGUCUGCCGGUUUCUGUGCGUCUACUGAGCGCCAGAAGACGCUCCGGAAUGUUGGGCGAGGGCCGGUACCGGGGAUGGCACAAGCCUCCAGCGCCGAGCCGAUCGAUUCUGUUCCACUGCCAUGGUGGCGGUUUUGUGGCCCAGUCCUCCAAGUCCCAUGAGCUAUACCUGAGGGAUUGGGCCGUGUCCCUGGACUGCCCCAUUCUCUCGGUGGACUACAGCCUGGCACCGGAAGCUCCGUUCCCACGAGCCCUCCAGGAGGUGUACUACGCGUACUGCUGGAUGCUGAACAAUACCGAACUCCUAGGUACGACAGCGGAAAGGAUUGUGUGUGCUGGGGACUCCGCUGGGGCCAAUCUCUCUAUUGGAGUGGCUCUCAAGUGCAUCGAGCAAGGAGUUCGCGUGCCAGACGGACUGUUCCUGGCCUACUGCCCCACUCUGGUCAGCUUUGUGCCCAGUCCAGCUCGACUUCUGUGCCUGAUGGAUCCUUUGCUGCCAUUCGGUUUCAUGAUGCGAUGCCUACGUGCCUAUGCAGCUCCUGCCCAGGAGACGCUGAGAGAGAACGCCAAGCACGUCGAGGAUGCGGCUCAGAUACGCAACGCCCAGAAGUCCAAUGUGGGUAGUCUCAACUCCAGUCGCCGCACCUCGAUAGCCCGGAGUCCUCUGACACCACUGGAAGCUAACCCAGAGCCGGAUGACGACAGCAGUGACACCUUCGCCAGUGCCUCGGCCUCGUACCACAGCCAGACCGUGGAGCGAACCGAUCUGCCCAACACCGAGGGCGACAACAGCUCUUGUGUCUCCUUUGAAGACGACUCGCAACCGAUUGUCCACUAUCCCGUCGAGAUUUCGGCCGACACCCCACAGGACGCCGCCUCGGCAGCCUACAUUGACAACUUCCUGGACAAGUAUCUGAUUGACACCGCCACCAUGGAGGCGACCGAAGAAACAGAUGCCCAGGAACGCCAGGUGAAGGAAAACGGUCAUGGAAAGGUCAACGCGGAUGAUAAUAUCCUUGUGGAGACGGGACGCGAUCUUAUCGCCAUAGACACGCUUCAGGGAAGGCUUCAGGAUGCAGUCAACAACAUAACAAGUACCCUGACCCGCUACACGCAGUCCUACGAGAUCCAUGGGGCCAACACGGUGGACCAACGAGACGUGCGCAACAUGGAUGCCCUGAUUGCCAGGAGCCCCAGCGAGGAGUUUGCCUUUGAUGUGCCUAAGGAUCCCUUCCUGUCGCCCUAUUGGGCCAGUGACGAAUGGCUAUCCCAGAUGCCAGAAACAAAAAUACUUACUCUUAACAUGGAUCCUUGCUUGGAUGACUGCGUAAUGUUUGCCAAGAAACUCAAGCGCCUGGGCCGCGACGUGCACUUGGAGAUUCUGGAGGGUCUACCACAUGGAUUCCUAAACUUUACAAUGUUGUCCAAUGAGGCCAUGGAGGGAUCCAAGCACUGCAUUGCAUCUCUACAGAAACUACUUCAAGUCACUCCGAAGGACAAAGCCGAAGAGGACGAGGAGUCCUCCAGUCCCAGUGCCAGCUUAGCGGCAUCGUAGGAUGAGUUUCAGUCGGUCUAUACACCUAUUGGAGUGGAGAACGAGGAUCUCCCAAGCCAGGAAGAGUAGAUGUACAGAUCGAAUAUUGUUAUAUGCCGGAACAGAAUGUUCAUUGUUAAACGCACCUUUCUUGCUUUGUUUAUUUUGUAAUCUCAAGCCGUUUUUUUUAUACAAUUUUGUACGGACACAGCUUUCUAUGUUUUAUAUACUCACAGUUUAUGUAAUAGGUCAUAUAUACAUUUAGCUUUUAGCCAAGCCAAGUAUGCAAGUAUUGGAAGCGUGUAAACACGCAUAAUUUAUUAUACAACUAUAUAUUAUAUACUAUUAUACAAAUGUACAAUGCUCUUGAACCACAGGCACCCAUUCGAUAAGAGCUGUUUAAAGCAAAACUCCCGAAUAUCGUGCCUGAGACGUAACAAGUACUUACAUUCACAAGGAAAUCGCCCUCAAAUAAAAAAAAUAGCCAGAGAACUUGAAAA